AUGGCCCAUGACCAGGAUGCCAUCUCCCGGCUACCCAACAAGGACAGCCUUGUUGUUCAAAUUAUAAACAGUGUGGAGCCAGGUAGUUUCCACGAAGAUGUGCCGGACACUCUUCGUAUCUACGAGGCCGAUGAAAACAAAGACGGCCAUGGCCCUCUAAGAAGUCCUUCCGUAGAGAUACGAGAUAUUACUGCAGGUGUAUUGCAAGACUCCAAGGAUAGCUCGAGUAUCACGGAUUCGGAAAGCGAGCAGUCCCAGUACAAGUGCGAUGCGGAACAGCCAUACCAUUUAUUUUCGUUGAAGCAGAAGUGGUCAGUGGUCAUCAUCAUUGGCCUUGCCGGCUUAUUCUCGGGCUUGUCUUCAAACAUAUACUUUCCAUCGCUGAAUCAAAUUUCGCAAGAACUGCACGUUAGCUCCAAUUCUGUGUCCUUGACCAUCACGUCCUAUCUUGUUGUCCAGGGAAUAUCGCCCGUCAUAUGGGGUGCAUUCUCCGACGCACUUGGUCGGCGACCGAUCUACAUUGCCUCUUUCUCUGUCUACAUCGUUGCCAACAUUGCGCUGUCAUUCUCACCAAGCUUUGCCAUCCUUUUGAUUUUCAGAGGCUUGCAGGCCGCUGGCAGCGCUUCUACUGUCAGCAUCGUUCGGAACUUCAGCAUCGCUGUUGGACCUGUUCUAGGUGGUGUUCUCGGAAACUAUCUUGGGUUCAGGUCAAUCUUCAUAUUUUUGCUGAUUUUGUCAUCACUUGUCCUCGUUACCAUUGUCGGCUUCCUUCCGGAAACCAUGCGAAGACUAGCAGGUGAUGGCCACUUGCGGCAGAAGGGGAUCUAUCAACCUCUGAUGUACAAAUUCGUGAAGGAGCCGAGCUAUAUUAGCGAUCCCGAAGAGGAGGCUGCCAGUGCAAAGAAGAGUAUUUCACUUGCGACCUUUGUUGAACCGUUGAGGCUCCUGACGCAAAAAGAAAUCAUCCUCAACUUGAUAUAUGGUGGCGUGAUCUAUGCCAUCUGGAGCAUGGUCACAUCAAGCACGACAAGCUUGUUCCAGUCGAACUUCGGCUUGGAUGAAACCCUUAUUGGCCUCGCAUAUUUGCCCAAUGGCUUAGGAACGAUUAUCGGCUCCGCAAUCGUUGGACGGCAGAUGACGCAAGACUACAAAGCAGCCGAGGCCGCAUAUAUAGUGGAAAAACAACUCCCAGCCGAGUAUAAAGUACCAGCAAAAGACUUACCUUUAGACUUUCCUGUCGAGAAAGCACGCCAACGCAGCUUGCCGCUGUUCACGGUGUUGUUUGUUAUUUCCACCGGGUUGUAUGGAUUUUCGGUGUCAUCGCACAGACUCUCGGCCAGGCCUGGCUGGAUUGCCGUGCCGCUUCUGCUACAGUUUUUGAUCGCUGCCUCUAGCAAUGCCGUCUUCGCGAUGAACCAGACUCUAAUCUCGGAUCUGUGUCCCGGCAAAGGUGCAGGAGGAACGGCUGUGAACAACUUGGUGCGAUGCGGUCUGGGUGCUAUUGGAGUAUCGUUUGUUGAGAGGAUGAUUGGGGCCAUGGGCCCUGGCCCGGCAUUCCUGACGCUGGCACUGAUCACUGUUGCGUGCAUACCUCUCGCCGUUGUGACCUGGGUCUGGGGGAUGGAAUGGAGAGCAGCCAGAGCACAGCGGAGAGCGAAGCAGAUUGAGAAGGUGUGA